UUGCCUGCAUCCUCCUCCACCUAUGAAAUAGCUGCACAAACCGCUUGAGCUGCUCCUCCACUUAGCUACGAUCCAUGUCGUUCCAUCGCUGAGAACAGCUGUAAUGUUAAUGUGACAUGCUGCUGACCGCUUGCGUACUUCCUGACGUUAAGUAGUUGUAUCCAGACAAGUGGUGAACGAUGGAGGAUCACGGUGUGGAGAGCCUGGCAGAGGUGUUCCGAUGCUUCAUUUGUAUGGAGCGGCUGCGGGAUGCCCACCUGUGCCCCCAUUGCUCCAAGCUUUGCUGCUACGCCUGCAUUCGACGCUGGCUGACGGAACAGCGGUCUCAGUGCCCGCACUGCCGUGCCUCCCUGCACCUGCACGAGCUGGUCAACUGCCGCUGGGUGGAGGAGGUCACCCAGCAGCUGGACACCCUGCAGCUGAGCUCGGCUGCAGCCACAGCCACGACCACUGGAGAGGCCGCCAAGCCCGGUUCCCCCGAGCCGCGGGAUCAGGAGCGCUGUCAGCAUCACAAGGGCGAGAAGCUCAGUGUCUACUGCUGGAACUGCCGCCUCUGCAUCUGCCACCAGUGUGCCCUCUGGGGUGGAACGCACUGUGGGCAUGUGUUCAAGCCCCUGGAGGAGGUGCACGCACAGCAGGUGACGGCCGUGCGGGAGCAGGUGGGAGCCCUGCGGCGCCGCCUCGUCCACCUGCUGGGGCUGGUGGCACAAGUUGAACGCUCGGUCGAGGCCGUGCGACAGGCCAAGGACCUUCGUGUCCACGAGAUACGCAACGCCGUCGAGCAUAUGAUUGCGCGCCUGGAUGCCCAGUUGAAGGGGCGCCUGCUCUCCCUGGUCGCACAGAAGAAUGCCCUCACCCAGGAGACGGAACAACUGGAGCAACUGCUGCAGGCCGCCGAAGCACAGCUGAGCUCGUGUUCGCGCUCGGAGCUCAUCGCACGGUCGCCCGAGAUUGUGCGCCGGCUGGGGGAGCUGCUGCAGCGGCAGCCCCCGUGCUCGCCCCCACUGCUGCUGUUGCCAGGGGGUGGCCAAGAGUUCCCCUCGGAGAUGGUGCCUCCAUACGAGUCAAGCGCCUUUCUCCUGCGCAACUUCUCGGUGCUGCAGCAGCGUGCUGACCCCGUUUACAGCCGGCCCCUUACCACCUCGGGCCUUACGUGGCGGCUGAAGGUUUACCCGGAUGGAAAUGGUGUUGUGCGGGGAAACUACCUGUCUGUCUUUCUGGAGCUUACAGCUGGCCUGCCAGAGACAUCCAAGUACGAGUACCGUGUGGAGAUGAGCCACCAGGGAGGUGACCCCAGCAAGAACAUAGUGCGCGAGUUUGCCUCGGACUUUGAGGUGGGCGAGUGCUGGGGCUACAACCGCUUCUUCCGUCUCGACCUCCUCGCCUCUGAGGGCUACCUCAGCGGGGACACCCUUCUUCUGCGCUUUGAGGUGCGGCCUCCCACCUUCUUCCACAAGUGCCGGGACCAGCAGUGGUACCUGGCACAGCUGCAGGCGCAGCAGACCCAGCUGUUGCAGCAGGUGCAGCAGCUCAAGGAGAGGCUGGCUGCUGAAGUGGCAAAGAAUGAGGCAAGCUCCUACACUUCGGAGAAUGCCGCUGAACAACCGGGCAGCAUGGCCGAGUGUGCUGGUCCGAGUCGGGCGGCGGAGCCAGAUUCACCCCAGUCGGACCUCCUCCCUGCGAGCCCCCAGCGACAGCUGGACAUCUCCCUUGGGCCCACGGCUGCCAGUAGUAGCAGUGGUAGCCUGGAGCAGCGGAUUGCAGCCAACCUGGCUGCAUCAGUGGACACACUUACUGCAGAACUUUUGCGCUCCGGUCCGCAGAAAGAUGUGUCCUGCCGUACCAAAUCGGUGUCUGCCAGGCAUAAGUGGGCAUCGCGGGGCCUUGGAGACUCGUGCGAUGCUGACUCCUCGGGAACCGAGAGCAGUGAGUGUGCCAGCGAAGGGGAGGUGGACGGCAGGGUCACCAGACUUCAGGGAGGAGCCAGUGCUGGUUCCACCUUGGAUGAAAACGACAUUGACGAGGAAACCAUGUCUGGCGAUCGGGAUGUGGAACAUCAGCACGGCUCCCAUCACAGUGCCAGUGGUGGAAGCAACGGUGCCAGUGGCGGCUGCUGCCACUGGUGGAAUCUGGGCGCCGCAGGCAGCAGUGGAUCCGCAGCCGGAGCCAUGGCCGAUCCCAGCCGGGAUGGCUGCUCCUCGGCUGCUGCUGCAUCCCGUGAGGAAGAUGAUGAGUCAGUGUUGCUGCGCCUGCUCGAGCUGCAGGAUCGUCGGGGUGUGGCGGCAGCUGCGGCGCCACUGCACCAGUGCCGUUCGGGCUGGAGCCGCAAGGGAGCCUCUAAGGGCAAGCGGCGAUCUCGAGAGGGCUGCCGGCACUUGCUUCUGCUGUCACUUCUGUCCAAGAGCGGCCACAGCCGGUCGGCCUCGGAGCCGGGGCCUUCCUCGUGCGAGAACCAGGUGGCGGUGCCACUGGUGGAGGACAGCCCCCCUGAGAAGUCGGUGGCCACCAACUAUUCGUCUGAGCUGGAGCCCAUUUCGGAGCUGCUAAACAACAGCCAGGAACUGUUUGCUGUUCCAGACGAGUCGUUUGCUGAGCUGCCUCGUGUCACCUCACCCCAGCAGCUGCUUGCUUGUGUCAGUGACGUAUUGCCAAGACCUCCCCAGUCAAAUCCAGAGCCGAAGCCGCCCAAGGACAGGAGGGGAUCACAUGGAGAUGUAGUGGCUGCUACUUCCGGAGCUGCUCGAGUGGCCACUCAGGGAAUGGCUGGCUGGCUUGCCACCCAGCAGGAUGGCCGUGCGUCCCCUUCUGCCUUCGCCGCGUCGUCUGGACACUCGUCCAGCACGGCCCGCUCGCUGCCAGCUUCACCGUCUCUACACGGAGCUGCCGCCGCAGCAGCGGCGACAGCAGCGGGCGUGGCAGCGGCAGCUGUGACCAGUGGUGGAAAGAGCCACGAAGGUGGUGCCACCCGCGCGACGACUUCCAAGCCUCACCAUGACGGCACUCCCCAGUGAAAAUGUUCCACUUAUGCUGCAUUUGUGUCUCUAAGCACCAUGUUCACCGUCAGUCUGUCGUGCUUGUUCAUUUCUUGUCCGUCGUACCCAGUGCUGUGGCAUGCUCCCCCGAAAACCAGGGGCCAUUGUGCUAACAAAUGUGAGGAUGGAUAGCGAGCGCACGUGGUGAUCAGCAAGGACAGUAAGCCACCCGUGAUGUCUGCACUCUGAGGCGGUACUGAGUCACUAUUUGCAGCUGACGUUGCAGUCAACUGUGCUGCUGAAUGCCACUCCCGUUAAUGAUGUCGAGCAUCGAAUGCCAUUAUGUGUAGGGAUGGGCGAAUUGUGAAUUUGAGAAUCGAAGCGAAUUUGAAGCGAAUAUUGAUUUGGUGGAAUAAUUUCGAAUCGAAUAGUUCGAAUAGUAUAU